AUGACCAUGACAGAAGGGGUGACCCUCUACCCCGACCCCGUACACAACGUCCCGCCCUCCGUUCGGAGCGACGGACCCCGUGUGUUGGGCGGGUGGGAUCUCGACCAGCUCGAGCUCCAAGGCAACCAGGGUGGCGUGAUUCCAUCCUCCUACCUCUCGUGGUUGACUCCAAUCUCGGCCUCCGCGCCGAUCGAGGACAUCCGCGCGGUAUACGAGCGCGACGGCGUGGUACACAUCCGCGGCCUGCUGGAUAGAGAGGACGUCCUCUCUACCCGCGAGAAAUUCUUCAACUUUGUCUCUCGUUCAGGCGUUCUGAAACCCGGCACAUCCCCCCGAGAUGCCAUCUACAACACGUCCCUCGAUCCGUCCAAGUUCCCAGGACCCAGCGCAACCCAAUUCAAUCGCUCCCAGAACGACAACGCGCUGCUCGAUUACAGUACCCGUGCCGGAAGGGAGGACUUUAUCGUCUCGUUCUCGGACCAGCCGGCCCUCCUCGACUUGGUAGGCCGCCUCAUGUCGUGGAAAGAACCAAUGCGGUUUCGCCGUCAACUCCUCCGCACCAAUAUCCCAAAAUCAUACAAUACCGCCACGAGGGUACACUACGACCAAAUGUAUCUGCGCAAGAUGGAGCCGGGAGCGGUGACGGCAUGGAUUCCAAUGGGAGACGUAUCGCCCGUCUCGGGGGGCCUGCUUUAUCUCGAGGGGUCGAGAGACAUGGGGCUGGAGAUUGAGCGCUCUUUUCUCGACAGGAACUCGAGCUUGCCGGCCGAGGAACAGGUCAGCGCGUUCAACCAGAACAUGCUGCAUGGCGGGGGGUUGACUAAGGACUGUGCUGCUUUUGCGCGGGCCACUAAUCGACGUUGGCUGGUUGGCGAUUAUCGGGCGGGAGAUGUCGUGCUCCACCACUCGUGUAUGAUCCACUGUAGUGCCAACAACGAAGAUCCGGAUGAUCGGAUUCGCUUGGCUACGGACGUUCGGUUCGCGGAUAGGCAGGCGCCAUUCGACGAUAGGUGGAAUGAGUUCUACUACGCCGGAGACGGCAAGUGA